AUGAAAGUUCUCGAGCGGAUACAUAACAUAAACAGACAUGAGGUAGAUGUUAAAGCACUUGGCGAGGUGUUUCGAGAGAAGAAACAACAGCUUGAGGACACAGAAGCUACGAAAUCAAAGACAGAAGCCUACUCUAUUUUUCAUCUCUUUUGCACCCCUCAACUUAUUGCGUAUACAGUAGCACUGUCUGAAUAUCGAUUCAAAUGGCUUGGAAGAAAAAUAAGUCAUCACAUUUUCUGCGUUAUCACCAUGAUUUUCUUGUUUGCUUCGAUGAUUGGAGAUCUCACAAAUGCUCCAACCGCCAUCGUUGUGCAGCUCUUUGCCGUGCUUGGCAUCAUUUGUAAUGAGAUCUUUCCAACGGCCCUUCGAAAUACCUCGUAUGCCUUCACGCAGUUCGUUCAAAGUAUCGCUCCGAUUCUCGCCCCGCAUCUCUAUUCAGUGUCAGGAAGCCACAAAUGGCUUCCACCUGUAAUCAUGCUCGCGUGGGUCUUUGCCGAUAUCAUCGUUUUUGCUUUUUGCUAUUCC